AUGGGCCGGGGCGGGUCGGGCCCUAGCGUGGGCUCCGGCUCCACCUCCGGCUCCGGCCCUGCGGACUCGGUGAUGCGGCAGGAUUACCGCGCCUGGAAAGUACAGCGGCCCGAACCCAGCUGCCGGCCGCGCAGCGAGUACCAGCCGUCGGACGCGCCCUUCGAGCGCGAGACCCAGUACCAGAAGGACUUCCGCGCCUGGCCCCUCCCGCGCCGCGGAGACCACCCCUGGAUCCCCAAGCCUGUGCAGAUCCCCGUGUCCUCUCAGACUUCCGCUCCCAUUCUCGGGGCACCCAAGCGCAGGCCGAAGAGCCAGGAACGCUGGCCCAUGCAGUCCGAGGCCAUGGAGCAGGGAGGAGCUGGUGUCCUGGCGGCAGGAAAGGCUUCGGGUGGAGAUGAGCGCGACACCCGCAGGAAGGCUGGGCCCGCCUGGAUGGUGCGCCGCUCUGAGGGCCACGAGCAGACGCCGAUGCCUGCUGCUCAGACCCAGGCCGAAGAGGGAGGCCCGGCGGCGGGAAAGGCAUCGGGUGGAGAUGAGCGCGACACUCGCCGGAAGGCCGGGCCCGCCUGGAUGGUGCAUCGCACCGAAGGGCACGGGCCCGAGCAAAGCCCGAUGCCUGCCGCGCAGACCCAGGCCGAAGAGGGAGGCCCGGCGGCGGGAAAGGCAUCCGGUGGAGAUGAGCGCGACACCCGCAGGAAGGCCGGGCCCCCUUGGAUGGUGAGCCGCUCGGAGGGACGUGAGCAAACUCCGAUGCCUGCUGCUCAGACCCAGGCCGAAGAGGGAGGCCCGGCGGCGGGAAAGGCAUCGGGUGGAGAUGAGCGGGACACCCGCAGGAGAGCCGGGCCCCCGUGGAUGGUGCAUCGCACCGAAGGGCACGAGCAGACGCCCUUGCCUCCAGCCCAGACCCAGGCCGAAGAAGGAGGCCCGGCGGCUGGAAAGCCAUCCGGUGCGGAUGAGGGAGACACCCGCAGGAAGGCCGGGCCCGCUUGGAUGGUGCGCCGCUCCGAAGGCCACGAGCCCUCCAUGCAGUCCCAGGCUGCAGGCCCUGAUGGUGGCAAGGGACGAGCAAUGGCAGAUGCUCUGAACCGGCAAAUCCGCGAGGAGGUGACUAGUGCAGUGAGCAGCUCCUACAGAAAUGAAUUCAGAGCGUGGACAGACGUCAAGCCUGUGAAACCAAUCAAAGCCAAGCCCCAGUACAAGCCCCCAGAUGACAAGAUGGCUCAUGAGACCAGCUACAGUGCCCAGUUCAAAGGAGAGGUCAAUAAACCCACUGCAGCUGACAAUAAGAUCAUCGAUCGCAGAAGAAUACGUAGCCUUUAUAGUGAACCUUUCAAGGAACCCCCAAAGGUGGAGAAGCCUAGUGUUCAGAGUUCCAAACCAAAAAAGACCUCAGCGAGCCAUAAGCCCCCGAGGAAGGCCAAAGACAAACAGGUGGUGUCAGGCCAGGCCGCCAAGAAAAAGAGUGCAGAGGGUGCUGUCGCCGCCAAACCCGAUGAUAAGGAGCAAAGUAAAGAGAUGAGCAAUAAACUGGCUGAGGCUAAAGAGAGCCCUGUCCCACCUGCCAGUGAUUCACGUAAGAAUCAAGGUCCUGUAGUCACAGAGCCAGACAAGGAUCAAGGUCCUGUGGUCCCAGGGCUUCUGAAAGGUCAAAGUCCUAUGGUCCAAGAACCUCUGAAGGAUCAAGGCCCCAUGGUCCUGGGACCUCCAAAGGAUCGAGGUGCUGUGAUCUCUGGGCCGCCAGAGAAUCAGGGUCCUGUGGCCCCUGGGUCUCCAAAGGAUCAAGGUGCUGUAGUCCCAGGGUGCCUGAAGGAUCUAGGCCCCAUGGCCCCAGUGCCAGUUAAAGAGCAAGAUCACAUGGUCCUUAAGCCUUUAAAGAAUGAAGGUUCUGCCACUUCAGCACCAGCCAAGGACCAAGGUCCUUUAGUCCUAGAGCCUCUAAAGAUUCAAAGUCCUAUGAUUCCAGCAAGAAUUACGGAUCCAGGUUCUGUGGUACCCGCACCUCUGAAAGAUCAAGGUCCUGUGGCUCCUGAGCCUGGGAAGAAUCAAGGUCCUCUGGUUCCAGCACCUGGUAAGGAUCAAGGUCCUGCAGGCCCAGAGCGUCCAGAGGAUCAGAGCAUCCUGGUCAUGGCACCUGUAAAGAAUCAAGGUCCUGUGGUCUCUGAACCUAUGAAGACUCAAGACUUUAUAGUCCCAGAGCCAAUCAAGAAUCAAGAUGUAGUGGCCCCUGAGCACCUGAAGGGAUAUGAUUCUGUGCUAAAGAAUCAAGGUCCUGUGGUCUCUGAGUCUGUGAAGAUCCAAGACCCCAUUGUCCCAACACUAGUUAAGGAUCAAGGUCCCAUGGUCCUAGAAUCUCCAAAGAAUCAAGCUCCUCUAAUCUCUGAGCCUAUGAAGACCCAAGUUCCUAUCAUCCCAGUGCCUCUGAAGGACCCAGAUCCUCUGGUAUCAGCACCAGCAAAGGACCAAGGUCCUGUGGUCCCUGACCCUCUGAAGACUCAAGGUCCCAGGGCCCCUCAACUGCCCACUGUCUCACCUCCACCCCCAGUCAUGAUCCCCACUGUCCCCCGUGCGGAAUAUAUUGAGGGGUCUCCCUGAUGUCCCCCCCCACACACACUUGACAUGCCACCGAAGGAGCUGCCCGUGAACUGCUCCCUCCCAUGGGGGUGGGGAACAGAGUCACAAAUAUUUAAUCUGCAUGAAGCCAAAGCCGUGCUGUAUCGUUGUGCUGGAGUCUAAUAAAAG